AUGGCAAGCCAACAGGCUUCGAGCCCAAGAAAGGAAGGAAACGAAGACACCAACGCGUCACAGGCGCCGCCGGCAACCGGUCACGAAAGGGCCGCGCAUGCUACGGUCGUCUCUCCCAUCACGCUCGCAUGGAGCGCGGAACCUGACGCACUGACGAGGGUUCUCGAGAAUGUUACGGGUAUCGACUUGCGAAUGCAGAAGAUGAAAGCGUCUCAAGCACGCAUGGACGAAGACGAGCGCAUGCGCGGCGCACACGAGAUCGAAGUGUUCCGAUCAGAGCUCGGGGUGGACUUCGCAGGGCGACUCCACGGCGGAGCAAUGGAGCUUAUGGACUUGCACGAUUGGCAGCCUCAGCAGCAACUGCGGCGUGCACCAGCGCGGCUCGAAGACCUACGGAUGCGAGCGGGAGAGCAGCUGCAGCAGCGUGCUAAUCCGUUGCCUCAUCCGCCUGCCUCAUUUCCGCCAUACCAGCCGCCACCAGUGCCCCAGGCGAUGCCGGAAGCUCCAGGGCAGCCAGUGCAGUAG